GAGUCACACCUUUGGCCGCAUCUGUCCGGAUGGCAAACCGGUCCCACACCUCCCGGCUUCCUUCAGGGGCAAUCUCUAGCUGGCAUGGAGCGGGGUGGGCUCCAUGAAUUGAAGGAAAGUGGAGAUAAGUGAGCAGGCAGACGAAGCGAGAGGGAGAAAGUGUACAGGGCAGGAGAUCGGCAGCUAAGAGAGCCGCUCAGUAGCGGGAGGGAGAAGCGCGAGUGAAGCGACCAGACACCAUGUGGACAGAGGGAGGCGAGCGAGCAGAAGAGGCGCGCGACGGCUGACCGCCCAGGCAGUCAGCUCCGGAUCGCAGGAGGUGAGCCCGGCCGGAGGGGUCUGCGGGCCGGGCCGGGUGGGACGUGUGCAGCCCAGGCAGAUCGGGGGGCUUCGUGAGCCCCCGGCCCGCAGCCGCCCGCGAUGAGCGAGGCCAGUCGGGUGUGCUCCGGCUACUACAGCCUCAACCACAGCUUCGUGGAGCCCUUCCAGUGCCCCCGGCGCGGCGAAGGGGCCACCCUCCUCUACUGCUGCGGCUUCGCCGACCUCAAGUACUGCUGCAGCGAGCCGGGCAGCUACUUCCCCUACAAGCACAGCUACAUGUGGAGCCUCAGCAUUGGUGCCCUGAUCGGAUUGGGAAUUGCUGCCCUUGUUUUACUUGCCUUUGUCAUCAGCGUCUGUGUUCUUUGCUACUUAUUUCUGUAUACAAAGCCUCAAAGAUUAGACACUGGCCUUAAACUUCAACACCUAGAGGCUGUUUCCACUCAAGAAGGCAACUCAAAUAGAAAAAGCAAAGCCCCCCGUUCAAAUGCAGCAUCAAAUUCAACAAAUGAAACGUUCUAUGAGGCUGAUGAUAUAAUUCAAGAAAAAACAAUGGAUACGACACAAAUCAACACUGCGUAUUGUUAAAAAUCCUGUGUUGUAAAAGCUCACUGGAGAGAUGGAACAAAAAAAUAAAGAGUGCACUUCAAA